AUGACCGAAGAAUCCAAUGGAAUUGACAUUGAUCGUGUACACAUCAAAAAUAUUCCAAGUUUCAUCGGAUUCAAACAAUUCAAGAAAAUCCUCGAAAAAUCUCUUGGUGACUUAAAGACCAAGAAAAUUCGACAUAUGUCAGAUUAUGCUUAUGUUACAUUCAAUAAUGCCGAAGAUGCACAACAAGCAAUUAGUAUUUUGAAUGGAACCGAAAUUAAGAAGCAUGUUUUGUCAGCUCAACUUGCUGCAACUGAAGUGAAAGAUUUCCGAGCACCAACAAAUAUUAAAGAAAAUGGAACUGAAACCGAACCGAAAGUUGUGAAAACAGCCAGAGAAAGUGUAACUCCAUUAGCUGAUGAAACUUAUGAAAAACAAUUGGAAAUAAAACAAGAAAAUUGCAAAAAGUAAGUUUUGUUUACGUUUUGAAUUAAUUAAUCAAAAAUAAUUUAGAACAAUGGACAAGUUAUACUCGCAACUUCGAGAUAAUCGAAUCCCAGAUAUUGGAAAAAUGGGUGAAUUCCGAAAUCGUCUUCAAAAAGUCAUCGAAGCUCCGAAAACAUCAGAAUACAGAAAUAAAUGCGAAUUCACGAUUGGAUUGGAUUUAAAUGGAGAAAUUUGUGUUGGUUUUGUUGGAGGAAGAUUUUCGAAAAAUCAACAUUAUGUUAUUCCAAUUGAAGGAGUUGAUAUUGUUAGCAGACAAAUGAAAAGUAUUGUUAACGAUGUUCAUGAAUUUGUUAAAGAAUCAGGAAUUCUUCCAUUCGAUGAAUUCGAGCGAAAAGGUUUUUGGAGAAUGUUAACAAUUCGAGAAUUCGGUGGAGAUGUCAUGCUAAUUUUCACGGUUUUUCCACAAGAAGAAGGAGAAUCAAAUAUUGAAAAUGAAAUCAAGGCGAAAAUAUUAGCAAGAUAUCUCAAUCAAUCAACAUUAUCUGAAAAGAAAUUCCGAAUUAGCAGUAUUUAUUGGCAAAGAGUUAUUCAUUGUAGUGAUCCAGUUGUAUUUGAAUUAGUCGGAGGAACACCGUAUAUUUACGAAACUUUAUUGGAUUGUCGGUUUAGAGUUUCACCAGCUGCAUUUUUCCAAACAAAUAGUCAAGCUGCUUCUGUUCUUUAUCAAACAAUUGGUGAGUUUAAUUUUGUAUUUUGAAAAUCUGAAUAAUUCAGAACUCAACUUUUGAUUUUAAAAAAGAAAGAAGAAAAAUCGGAGAAUUUCGAAAAUCAAAAUAACCAUUUCAGGUGAACUUUGUGGUCUGACGGAAUCAAAAUCAGAAAUCAUCUCUACCAUAAAACAAGAAGAAGUGAAAGAAGAAGAAGAGGAAGGUCUACCCGAAAAACGAAUAAAAUUAGAUGAUGCAGAAGUUUCUGAAAAUCAGGCAGAAGUUAAAGAAGUAGAGAAGGAUUAUGGCACAAUAUUAUUGGAUAUUUGUUGUGGAACGGGAACAAUUGGACAAUGUCUACUCAAAAACUUGGAUAAAUCAAUCAAGGUAAUUUUGAGAAUUAAUUGUAAGUUUCAGUUUUUAUGUUUUUCUUCAGGUUUGUUGUAUUGGAAUUGAAAUGAUUGCGGAAGCUGUCGAAGAUGCGAAACAAAACUCAAAGCAAAAUAAAAUGGAAUCUUCUUGGUUAGUUUUCUUUUUCUUGUUUAAAUCUGUUUUUGAACGCCGACCAAAAUUUUAAUGAAACCCAAAUUUUCACCAAAAAUCCUUCGAAAAUUCUGUAAAGUCUAUUCAUAUUUUUUCUACCAAAAGUACAAUUUUUCUCAUUUUCCAGUAAAUAUAUUGCGGGAAAAGCGGAAGAUGUAUUCCGAACAAUGAAAUAUCACGUGCCAAUUCAAUUUGAUCUACGAAAAUCGCGAUUAGUUGGAGUUUUGGAUCCACCAAGAGCUGGAAUGCACGAAAAAGUGAUUUUGGCUUGCAGAGAGUUGGACACUCUUCGAAGAUUGAUUUUUGUAUCGUGUGAACCGAAUGCGGCAAUAAAAAAUAUUGUCGAUUUAUGCAGACAAACGUAAGUUUAUUUUUUAUUUUUCUUUCUAUAGAAACUAUUUUUUGUUUUGAUUCAGGUCUCGAAAAUUUGGUGGUGAGCCUUUCAAAAUCUCAAAAAUUCAACCGGUCGAUAUGUUUCCACAAACAAAUCAUGUUGAAUGGAUUAUUCAAUUAGACAGAUAG